AUGAAUUCGGACCGCGACAACGUCUCCCCUCUUCUUACACAGUUGAUCCCAGCAGGUCACUGUACCUGCCAAUCAUCCACUUCAUUUCAAUGCGCUGACUGUCUUACCUGUCUGGCCUCGCCACGCUCCUCCAACCCGGAACACCCUGCACCGUGGAGUUUCCAAUAUGGAAGAGACGACCAGACCCUGGGUUUGAACAAGAAUCAAUGCGACGAGUCGUUCCCCGGCCUUUUCCAGGACAUCAGCCGGGCUGUCCAAUACUGGAAGCCGCGAGGAGGGAUAUCAAAAGAUGACCUGGAUGCAAUUCCAUUCGAAAGCGGCAUGGCCCGCGCCAUCAUUUCUAACGGAGAGUUGUAUAUAGUGGCCACCAAGGCAAAAGGGAAGGAUCAUCGCACCAAGAUCCUGGCCACACUGGGGUCUAUAUACCGUGCCUUAUCGUCGUCUCCGACUCGUCUUUCUCUCCCUACAAUAGAGUUUGUCUUCUCUAUUGAAGACCGGGUAGACGACAUCGACGCUACCGGCCAUCCGGUCUGGGUGGUGUCAAGGAAGGUCUCCGAAGAGUCGGUAUUCUUGAUGCCAGAUUUCGGAUACUGGUCCUGGGCGAAGAGUCAUAUCGGCCCAGCGAAAGCUCGUGUGGAGAGAGGAAAGCUGAGCUUUGCACCGAAGCUCCGUCGAGCACUUUUGGAUGUUGCGCGCGGCAAGCCUUGGGGCGACGUGAAGGAGUUGGAGUGGAGUAACAAGGAGAACUUUUUGACCAUGGAAGACCACUGCCGGUAUAUGUUUAUCGGACAUGUUGAAGGGCGCGCCUAUUCUGCAUCUCUCAAAUAUCGCCACGCCUGUCGCUCCGUCAUCGUUGCACAUAAGCUGCAAUAUAUUCAGCAUCACCACUAUCUCUUGGUAUCCUCAGGUCCUGAACAGAACUACGUUGAAGUUGAAAGAGACUUUUCCGAUCUACCGGACCGAAUGGACGAGUUGCUGAACGAUUUAGAGAAGGCACAACGUAUAGCCGGUAAUAAUGUCAAGACAUUUCGAGAGCGAUACCUAACGCCGGCCGCUGAGGCAUGUUACUGGAGAGCGUUAUGGGAGGGAUGGAAUGAAGUCUCGAUGAACAUCACACGCGAUCCUACACAGCCAUCAGAGCGGGGGAUGCGAUAUGAAUCGUUCGUGCUGCUAGAGAGUGAGCAAAUGCUCUGGUUUUCAUUUGGGCAAGGCGAACGACGAUGA